AUGGACAUCUCGUCGCUGCUCCUCCCUUACUCGCCCUCCCUCGCGUCCCAGACUCCUGACGACCUCCCUGCGCCCGUCUCAGAGGACCACAGCGAGUUCUCUGCCCCUCCCACCGACACCUUCUCCCACAGCACCUCCACCACCUCGACACCUCCCACCACCGCUGCCGACGCCGCCAGCAUUGCCUCCUCCGAUAUCCACGACCCAAAACCUAUCAUCGCCGUCGCCCUCAGCCCCCUGGACGACGAACACCACCUUGACCACCACCACAACAAUCACCACGACCACGACCACCUCUCCCUUGCUGACGACGACGCGAUUGUCGUCGAGCAGACCGUCCAGGUCGGCACGCCUCAGCCCGAUCCACCAGAGCCCGAGAGCCCCCUCGACCUUCACCACGAUGAUGGCCAUGUACAGGAGGCGGUCAACGAGGACACCCGCCCCCAGCGCGGUCGCUCUACGCGUCCCAAGACCGGCAAACCCAUCUACAACAUUCUCCAGCUCACCGGCACCUAUAUACACGGCAGGAGACGCGCCAAUGGCGACGACAUCAUCAUGAGGAAGCGCAAGCCACGAGCAACGCGCACCGACGCGCCUGAGGACGCGAUCCACUCCCUCCCGCCGCCUGCCUCGCCGCCCAAGACCUCCACAGGGCCCAGGGCGGCCAAGGACAGGGCAAAGGAGAAGGUCCAGGAGGAUGUCGAGGAGAAGAUCAAGGAGAAGAUCAAGGAGAAGAUCAAGGUCAAGGUCAAGGUCAGGACCAAGGCCCAGACCAAACCCGCCCCAUCAGCCAUUGAGUCGCGCAGGACUACGCGUUCUUCCGGCACAAUCAACACCACCGCCGUCACUACCAACAUUCUCGGCAAGCGAAGCCGCAAGGCCACGGACGGCGCGCGCAUCCCACGCGAGCUCAGGAGGCUGCGGGACACAAACGAGUUUGUCGGCAUCGACAAGAAGGAGGUGCUGCACACCAUCUGGAGCAAUGGCAAGUACAUCGACCCCAGAGAUCUGGAUGAGGACGGCCAGCCUGUCCUCAAGAAGCCACGCAGGGGCGGCGUGAAGACCGAGAGCCAGCAGCAACAGAAACAGGAAAAGCAGGCCGAGGAGACACCCAACGAGGACACUGUCACCGCCGCAGCAGCCGCAGCCGCCACCCCGCCUGUCAAGGAGAAGCGCGUCAAGAAGUGGCUGCAAAAGGGAUUGUAUGCCGGGCAAGAGAUCCCCUCAGACUGGAGUGCCGGCCUGAACGCCACGGACAAGAAGAAGCUUGCACAGCACCCGGAGCUCGUGCCCAGCGGCGGCAAGGUUAACAAGGUGCUCCCGCCGCCCAUGUUCGCCGGCCUGCGGCUCCUACUCGACGGUCGCGACUUCAAACUGCCUUUUGACAUCUGCAACCCCCUCCCGCCCGGCCAGCCCAAGCCGGAAGAGUGGCGCAAGAUGGCCAAGAAUCGAUUCAUCGGAGAUGCUGGAACGUACUGGCGCAAGACCGACCACUUCAAGGACUACCAGUCAAAAUGCAUCUGCAAGCCUGAGGACGGGUGUGCCGAGGACUGCCAAAAUCGCAUCAUGCUAUACGAGUGCGACGAUACGAACUGCAAUGCCGGCAAGGAGACCUGUCAGAACCGUGCCUUCCAGAACCUCACCGAGCGCACCAAGCAGGGCGGGCCGUUCCGCGUCGGCGUGGAAGUCCUGAAGACUCCUGACCGUGGCUAUGGUGUGCGCAGCAGCCGUUGCUUCGAGCCCAACCAGAUCAUUAUGGAGUACACUGGUGAGAUCAUUACCGAGGCCGAGUGUGAACGCCGGAUGAACGAGAAGUACAAGAACAAUGCGUGCUACUACCUUAUGGCUUUUGAUCAGAAUAUGAUCAUCGACGCGACGACGGGCAGCAUCGCCAGAUUCGUCAACCACUCAUGCGACCCCAACUGUCGGAUGGAGAAGUGGAUCGUACAUGGUCAGCCGCGGAUGGCCUUGUUCGCAGGAGACAAGCCGAUCAUGUCUGGAGAUGAGCUGACCUACGACUACAACUUCGACCCCUUCUCGGCCAAGAACGUGCAGAAGUGCCUCUGCGGAAGCGCAAACUGCCGUGGCGUCCUGGGUCCCAAGGCCGCCAAAGUUCCCAAGGGCCAGGCGAAGAAGGAUGGCCCGGCGGCCAAGCUGGCCAAGGUGGUUGCGAUGCCCUCAAACCGCAAGCGGAAGGCGGACCUCGCCGCCGCCGCCGCCGACGAGGAAGCUUCGGCGCCCCAGAGCAAGAAGCGCAAGAUCACGGUGGCUGCCAGCACUAAGCGCUCUCAGAGCAUCAAGGUGAAAGCCAAACCAGCUGUGAAGGCGGCGGCGGCAGCGGCAGCCGCGCCGCGCAAGAAGAGCACGGCCGCCGCUACCAAGAAGAAGGCGAAGGCGCCUCCUCCAACAGCAACCAAGGCUAGGACCGCCACAAAGAUCACCAUAAAGCGCUCCAGCAAGGGAAACAGCAGGAAGGCCAAGGAAGCGAGCACCUCCGCCAAAGUGACGGUCGCCGCUAAAAAAUACACCGCACGCGGAUGGCGCUCGAUCAACAAACCCAUCAGGGAGGGCACGGCCGACGAGAUAGUGACCAGCACGAUAACCGCAACCGCGAUGGGAACGACGAUCCUGGCAGAGCCUGCUGCUGACAAGAAAAUGCCGGCUCCUGCUGAGGCAGAAUCCAUCUCUGUCAAGCGGCCGGGCGAGGGAGCUUCGGAGAUAUCACAGACGCAGGAUAAGAUUCUUGUCUUGACUGACCCCGCAUAG